ACAGACGCCAAAUGCGCUGUAUGUAUUUUCGGUAUGAGUAUAGUAUAAUACAUAAAUAAAAACCGCGAGUUAAAUAUCGUACCCGGUACUAGUACAUGUGUUGUGUCUUAAGUAUUCUACAAUUGUUUAAAUAAAAUAAAUUUAAAUAAUAUUUUUACUAAUAACAGUGAAUAUUUAAUAACAGUGAAGUUUGUAGUGAAGUAAACAGUGAUGUUUGUUGGAGACAAUGGAGUUUAGCUAAAGACUUGUCAUUUUGAAACCAAAGUUCUUAUUAAAAAUAAUACCUCACAAACAUUUAUCAGCAGACCAAACAGUCUCAGUCUAGUUUAAUCACCGGGUUUAUUCACACGGAAUAUUGCCCACUGUGCGUUUAACAAAAAAAUUUUAUAAUAUUAAUUUAUAAAUAUCAAUAAUAAAAAAACAAUUAAUAACACUUUUUUAUUCAGCGAAUGGAGUAUUUGUUUACAAAACGCCGUAGGAAAAAAAGUGCGGGAAAAUUUUAAUUGUUUAUUUUUAAAAAUUUUUGACUAACUUAUUUUAAACUGUGACAAGUGAUAUUUUAUUGACGUGAAUAGUUUUGAAAUACUGAAUUUUAAUACUUUGAUACUUUGAAUAAAUAACGAGACAAAAUGCAAGAACGUUUUAUUGUGACGCCGUUAAAUAACACCACGGGGCAUUAUGAACGUGGUACGCUGCAAUCUAAUCUAUCGUCCAUUGAAUUUGGCGAUGGCGGUACCGCUGGGGAUGGCGAGCCCAUUGUCGGGGGUGGCAAUUCCGAGAAAAAGCCUGGAUAUGAGACUAACCUUUACUUGUACAGCGAAGACCUGGACAAUCGACCGCGCAUUACCACUUUACUCAAUAAUUUGGCGAGCUACAGCAACACGAUCCCCGUUGCCACUGACCCUGAUGCUAAAUCACCGCCACCUGCUGGUGCUCCUGGUGGUGCACGUAUGGGUACACUUGUCGGUGUAUUCUUACCUUGUAUCCAGAAUAUCUUCGGUGUCAUUCUCUUUAUCCGUCUCACGUGGGUCGUUGGUACUGCUGGAGCUAUUCAGGGAUUUCUUAUCGUCCUUUGCUGUUGCUCUGUCACCAUGUUGACAGCAAUAAGUAUGAGUGCCAUAGCAACAAAUGGUGUUGUACCAGCUGGUGGUUCAUAUUUCAUGAUAUCAAGAAGUCUCGGUCCAGAAUUUGGUGGUGCCGUUGGAAUGUUAUUUUAUACGGGCACGACUUUAGCUGCCGCUAUGUACAUUAUUGGAGCUGUUGAAAUUGUUUUAACAUACAUGGCACCCUCGAUGAGCAUCUUCGGAGACUUUACCAAGGACCCGAAUAUAAUGUAUAACAAUUUCCGUGUUUACGGUACUGGGUUAUUAAUGGUGAUGGGUACUAUCGUAUUUAUCGGUGUUAAAUUUGUCAACAAGUUUGCUGGAGUCGCACUUGCCUGUGUCAUCUUUUCUAUCAUCGCAGUAUACGUUGGACUCUUUACUAAUAUCAACGGCAAUGAAGCUCUCAAGAUUUGCGUGCUGGGUAAACGAUUGCUCAAAGAUAUUCCCAUAACAGCAUGUUAUAAAAAUGAAUCUGGUCAGCUUCAUGAUAUUUUCUGUAAUAAAACGACCCAAGUGUGUGAUGAUUAUUAUAGCAGCCAUAAUGUAUCUAUUGUAAAUGGUAUCAAAGGACUUGCUAGUGGUGUUUUUCUAGAAAACUUAUGGGGUAGUUUUCAAGAAGAAGGUCAAUAUGUCGCUUAUGGAUCCGACCCAGUAGAUACUGACAGAAUGACACCAACAACAUUCAAUUUCGUACCAACAGAUUUAACAACUACAUUUACUAUUCUUAUUGGUAUUUUCUUUCCUUCUGUAACAGGUAUAAUGGCUGGUUCAAACCGUUCUGGAGAUUUAGCCGACGCCCAAAAAUCAAUUCCCAUUGGUACAAUAUGCGCGAUAUUAACAACCUCAACAGUGUAUCUAUCAACCGUAUUGCUAUUCGCGGGUACAGUUGACAAUUUACUGCUACGUGACAAGUUCGGUCAGAGUAUCGGUGGUAAAUUAGUUGUAGCAAACAUAGCUUGGCCGAAUCAAUGGGUCAUUCUUAUUGGUUCAUUUUUAUCAACCCUCGGCGCUGGAUUGCAAUCAUUAACUGGUGCACCGCGUUUGCUUCAAGCCAUCGCGAAAGACGAAAUAAUACCAUUUUUGACACCAUUUGCCGUAUCAUCAAGCCGCGGUGAACCAACUCGAGCACUUUUACUGACAAUUGUUAUUUGCCAAUGUGGAAUACUUUUGGGUAACGUUGAUUACCUGGCUCCAUUGUUGUCAAUGUUCUUCCUGAUGUGUUACGGGUUCGUUAACUUGGCAUGUGCACUCCAAACACUAUUGAAAACACCAAACUGGCGGCCACGUUUUAAAUAUUACCACUGGAGUCUGUCGUUCAUUGGUCUGUCACUUUGCAUCGCUAUUAUGUUUAUGACCAGCUGGUACUACGCACUCUUGGCAAUGGGAAUGGCCGGUCUUAUCUACAAAUAUAUUGAGUACCGUGGCGCUGAAAAGGAAUGGGGUGAUGGAAUACGUGGUCUCGCAUUAUCAGCAGCAAGAUAUUCGCUCCUUAAAUUAGAGGAAGGUCCACCUCACACCAAAAACUGGCGGCCGCAAAUUCUCAUUCUCGUAAAACUGACAGACUCAUUGGUACCGAAAUAUCGUAAAUUAUUUGCAUUUGCAAGUCAAUUGAAGGCCGGACGUGGAUUAACCAUUUGCGUCAGCUGUAUACCAGGGGACUUUACUAAAAAUUCGGGUGAAGCAUUGGCGGCUAAACAGAAUUUACGUAGAAUUGCUGAUGAAGAAAAAGUAAAGGGUUUUGUCGAAGCAUUGGUUGCUAGAAAUACAAUUGAUGGUAUUAGUGCGCUGAUACAGACAACUGGUUUGGGUGGAAUGAAACCCAAUACUGUGAUACUUGGUUGGCCAUACGGAUGGCGUCAGUCUGAGGACGAAAAUACUUGGCGUGUAUUUAUACAAUCUGUGCGCAAUGUAACUACGUCACGCAUGGCUUUACUCGUACCCAAAGGUAUUAACUUUUUCCCGGAUUCGACGGAAAAAGUUGUCGGUUAUAUUGAUGUCUGGUGGGUUGUACACGACGGUGGAUUACUGAUGCUGUUGCCUUUCUUACUUAAACAACACCGCACAUGGAAGAAUUGCAAAAUGCGUAUUUUCACGGUGGCACAGAUGGAAGAUAAUUCUAUACAAAUGAAGAAAGAUCUCAAAAAAUUACUGUAUAAUCUACGUAUCGAUGGUGAAAUUGAAAUUGUUGAAAUGAUGGACUCAGAUAUUUCAGCGUACACAGUUGAGCGGACACUAGUGAUGGAGCAAAGAAAUCAAAUGCUACGCGAGUUGCAGCUAAACAAAAAAGAGUCACAAGGAUUGGUGCAAGCUGUUGUCGACCAUCACCAUAUUGAUGUAAAGACUGCGACUAAGGUGAGAUUCCAGGAGCCAAACUCACAGCAGCCUAAUGGAAUCGAUGAGACGCAGGACAAAUCUGCGACACAGGACUCUGCUGAUGCUGUCGAGAGCAACGAAAAAGUUGAAGAUGCUGUAGACAAUAAAUCAGCGAGUGGUGGAUCACCUAAACCGGACGCUAAAGAAAAAAGCGAUAAAGAAACCAAGGAAAAUGAUACAUCUGGAUCGACAACCAAAAAACCUAACACUCCAGACCAAGAUGACGUGAGACGCAUGCACACUGCUGUUAAAUUGAAUGAAAUAAUCGUUAACAAGAGUCAUGACGCUCAAUUGGUUAUUCUGAAUUUACCUGGUCCACCAAAAGACACGAGAAUUGAACGAGAAGCCAAUUAUAUGGAGUUCCUUGAAGUAUUGACUGAGAGCCUGGAAAAAGUAUUAAUGGUGCACGGAGCAGGCCGUGAAGUAAUCACAAUGUACUCGUGAAGUGAACUGGCAGUAAUACAUAAUAAUACCAAGCAUCAACACCACUUGUACGACAAUUACCACCACCACGACGUCAUUCACACUCUUAUUUAUUUCAGAUCUAUCAAUAAGAACUGGAUGUCGCAUAUUAAUAAUAUCGUGCCAUCGCGCGCGGCAUAACUCGCGUUUCUGCUGCGUCACUAUCAUUUUAAAAUUUAAUUAACUAACUAAUAAUCUACGGAUUGCGUUUGUUUCUUACUUUGAAUAGACUCUUACUACAUAGCUCGACGUAUAUAUUAAGUAAAUAAAUAAAAUAACAAUUAUCGCACGAGGACGAGUUGGAGAUUCCAUUGAAGCGGACUUACCUUCUGGUCUCGUGACGUCCAGGUUUUCUAACAACUUAUCGAUGCCAAAGUUACGUGCCAAUAGAUAAGUUUACUUUUGGUGGAUUCUAAGGGACGUUAAGAAAAUUAAUAAUAAAUUUAACAAUCUACAUAAAUGUAUUAAGUAUUAAAAAAUAUUAAUAAAUUUAAAUUCAAAUGGUAGGUACGCACUCUUCGUUAGACGUCACGAGUAACUUGCUCCUUUAAUCGAGUAUAAAUUUCGCUAAUAGAUAAACCGUCGCUGGUUUUCAUUAUCAACUUAAAAAUUAAAAUUUUAAAUUUUAAAAAAAUAUUAAUUGAAUCCGAGUACCGCAAAAGAUUGAGAGCUAGUCCUUGGUAAGAAAAAAAAAUAAGACACUAUUUAAAAAUGUAAUUCUUAAUAUAUCUAAUUGAAACGGAAAUCAAAAUUUCAAAAUAUAUAAAAAUUUUAAUUGCAGUUAAAGUCGAAGUAUUUAUGAAAAAUCACUGCCAGUAAUAAUUUCUAAAUACUUCGGCAUUUAAUUGACAAUUAAAAUUUUUUUAAAAAAUGUUAUAGGCUCAUUUUUCUACAUGCAUUGUCGUUAGACAGUUAGAUGUGUAAUGUCACUGCUUGUUAGAUAAUUAAAGUAAAUUAAAUAAAAAAUAAUAAUAAUAAUUAAUUGAUUAAUGUAUAUUUAGGAAGCUAGAUUUAAAUAAUAGCAACUUUAUUUUAUUUAACUGUCAAAAUUAAAUAUUAAAAAAAAAAAAAAAGAAGAAGAAAAAAAAUUAAUUUUAAUUAAAUUCGUGACUGAUUAAUUACUUUUAUUUGGACUUUGUACUUUUAAAUCUCAGAUCUCGCGUUUAUAUUUAUAUUAUAAAUAUAUAAAUAUAUGAUACUUAACAAUACUGUCCAAGGCCUAUCGGUCAAAACGAGACGAAGUAUCGUUAGCACCAAAAAAAAAAAUAAAGAAUAAUAAUAAUGAUAAUUAUAAAAUUAUAAAAAAAAUUGUACGCCUUUUCUUACUAGAGAUUAAUAAUUAAUUAAUUAAUUGAUAAUUUACUAAACACUGAUCAAGUAAUUUGAAUCUUACAUAUUUUGAUCCAGUAAAAAAAAAUAUAUAUAUAUAAAUAAAUACUAGAGUUUAAUUGAUUGAUUGAUUGAUGAAUUAAUGAAUUAAUUGAUCGAUUAAAAUAAAUGAAUUUAUUGACACAUGCGUGUUACGUUGAUGUGUAUAGUCCCGAUUUUACGGCUAUAUAACUAGAUAGGCACUAUAGUUUCGUGAUCUUUUUAAUGAAAAAUAAUGAUAAAUAUAAAAAAAAAUAAAACUACAUAUAUAUAUGAUAAAAAAAAUUAACUAAAACUAAAAUGAUCUGAAAGGUCGUGUAGAAAAAAUUUAACUCACUAGAUAAAUUAUCCUGUCAACUUAAUCGUGUCUGUAAAGAGAUAUAUGAUUAUAUACUUAAUGAAUAACGAUUAUGCGUAAAAAUAAAAAUUAUAUAGAUAAUUUAUAAGACUACGACAAACUUCUAAAUGUUAAAUUUAUUUGGACGAGUGUUAAUGAGUUUAAAAAAUAAAAUACAAAAGCAAGAUUAAUUUCAAAAUAUAAUUGUAUUGAUUAGAGAGCGUGAAUCGAACACGCGGGCGUGUUAAAGUAUUUAAAAAUAUAUUUAACAGUUAAACGACAAUGAGAGAUUUGAAAAAAAUAUUAUUAUUAUUAUUAUUAUUAUGUGGACUCACACAGCUCGAUUGUUAAGUGCACAGUGACAGCAAUAGUAGAUAGGAACUCGAAAGUAUGUUAUAUAUAAUAUAAAAAAAAAAAAAAAAACAGAAAAACAUAAUAAUAUAUAUUAUAUAUAAUUAAAAAUUAAAAAUGAGAUAUCGCGAUUGACGAUUUUGUUUAUUCACUCAAGUCCCAUUUAAAAUCUGUACAAUUUACUGACUAUCAUUUAUAAAAUUUUUAUUUUAUUUAACGUAAAGAUAUAAAUAAAAUAAAUUUCAAUUUUUGCAUAUCCUGCUGUUCUAAUUUAAAUAAAUAAAAAAUUUACAACUCGUCUGUCGUGAAUUUUUCAUCGUGAAAAAUGUUUUAUUAACAUAAAUCUGAAAAGUACUUUAAUAAUCAGAUUAUAUAAAUAUAUAUGAAUAAAUAUAUAUUUAUAUAAAUAUAAAUAUCUAUAGAUUAAUAUUUAUAUUUAUAUAUAAUUAUUUACACGGUUAAUUAAGUAGAAAAAAUUACCAAGUACUUGGGAUAUUUAGCAUUUAAUUUUUACUUACGGUAAUAAUUGAAAAUAUUAAUCGCCGCUAGAUGUCCUGGCACUGGGUAAUUUUUACUGUGUAAUCUACGUGUAAGUAAAAAUAUUUAAGCAAUAUAAACUUUAUCUACGAACGAUUCAAUCUAACUGCUGCAUCGUAACAAAAACAAAGUAUUUAAACGCAGAGCUGAUCAAUAGUUUAUAUUAUUAAUAUCAUUAAAUUAAUUACUAUUAAUUAUUAAGUAUGAAAUUACU